AUGUCGGCCGUGGCCGACCCCAAGACUCGUCUCGUCGGUGGCAGUCCGCUGGCGUUCUUUGACAUCGCGGCCUUCGCGUGCGGGUCGCCCCCAGAGCUGAAGGCACUGGCACGGGCCGCCAAGACCGUGGCCGUCGACCUGGAGCAGGCGAGUGGCGCACUGUGGAACAACAUGUACAAGAAGAGGUGGCCUGCCUUCCACGACUUUCUUGACCACCAGGGCCCCCAGCAGUGGGAAGGGCUGUACCAGGACACCCUCGCUGGCAAGACAGAGGUGCUUCUCGAGGUCUUCGACCGCGAGAAGAAGCCAGGCUUCGCGAUGGCCGCCAUGCCAGCCCGGGUCACCUUCGAUGCGGACCGAGGAUGCUACGCGGCGAAGUACAUGAGCGCCCGCGAGAUCCCGCCAGAGCACAUUCCAGAGUGUGAGGGGCACCGCCUCCGGUGCUGCCCACCCGCCGUCCGUGACGCACUGCAGGUGCGCCCGAUUCCGGGCUCGGGCCCGGGCCUGUACAUGGACCGCGUGCUUCCGGGCUUCGAGGGCCUGCAGCCGGGUGCCGGGGUGGAGCUGCAGUGGAGGAUGCAGGAGGGCAGCCCCUUCGGCUGGUGGUACGUACACCUCGACGCCCUCGACCGCGACGAGGGCGGUGCGCUCGCCACCGCGACGGUCACUUUCCGCCACUUUCCAAGCAACUCUCGCUUCUACAGGCUGCAGGUGCGCUUCGGCGACUCGCAGAUGCGGCCCUGCAAGUUUGGGGGCUUCACAGGCGGCAUCCGGAGCACCACAGAGGCCGAGCGGAAGCAUUGGAUGACCUUCUUUCCCCGGCGCAAGGCCUUCGCGUCCGCCGAAGCGGGAUCGUAUACCCUGAUCUUGCGGCUGGUGCUGCCGACCCUGAAGCACCUGCACACCACGUCCAUGCCCGGCCUCGGCACGGCGUGUGGGGCCCACGCGGCCACCGCCGCGGGAGGCAAGGGCAAGGGCGGCAAGGGCAAGGGCGGCAAGGGCGGCAAGGGCAAGGGCAAGGCGAAGGUGGUGAUCGAGCCUCACCGCUUCCCGGGAGUGUUCGUCUCGAAGGGCAAGGACGACUCCCUGGUGACCAGGAACCUCGUGCCGGGCGAGUCCGUCUACGGGGAGAAGCGGCUGGCGGCCGAGGCCGAGGAGGGCGAGGAGAAGGUGGAGUACCGCGUGUGGAAUCCCUUCAGGUCCAAGCUUGGUGCCGGCAUCGUGGGCGGGAUCGAGCAGAUGCCCGUGAAGCCGGGCGCGAAGGUGCUCUACCUGGGUGGCGCCUCCGGGACCACCGUGUCGCACGUCUCGGACAUGAUCGGCCCGGAGGGCGUCGUGUACGCCGUCGAGUUCUCCCACCGCUCUGGUCGUGACCUCACCAACAUGGCGAAGCGCCGCCCGAACGUGGUGCCCAUCGUGGAGGAUGCGCGCCAGCCGCAGAGGUACCGCAUGCUCGUCGGCAUGGUGGACGUGAUCUUUUCAGACGUCGCACAGCCAGAUCAG